AUGCUUUCGAAUGCUGACGAAGAGGAAGAAGUGGCCGAACCGGUUUUACCUGUGAAAGCCGCUAGACAAGAGGUUGUAGUAGAGCCUGAAGAUGAAACUGAACUUGAAGACGAUACUAAUGUCCCUCUCUGGAGAGCGAUUUUCAGAAAGUUGCGUUUUAGUGAGUGUUUAAUUCUGAUAUGAGUUAUAUCUGCAUGUAGACGGAAGACUAAUUCCACAAAAAGAUGCUUUUUUAAAGAGCCGAAAAAGGCGUCUGCUCUCACAGGCUUCGAUACUUGUGGACGGGGCCUAAUGGUUUUAAUGUCUUUAAUUUUUUCUCCGGGUUGAGUGCAUCGUGUGCACUCUACAUCUACAACGAAAGAUGAUCUGACUGGUCACAUCGAAGACCCCCUUUGAAAAGUGUUUCGCUCACCGUAACAGUAAGCAUAAUUAUAAUCCGAUCAAGCAAAAUUUGUAGCAUUCAACGUAAUAUGCGAAGGUUAUUUUUCAUUUCUCAUCUUUCCGCUUGCAACAAAGGAAAUAGGACAUUCCGCUUUUAAUAAAACAGAACAGUUUUUUUUGUGUGUCGGCGUAAAAAGCUUUCUGAUAUGCUGUGUACGCAGUCAUUCAGAUAUCUUCAGGUUUAUCCUACUUUAUUUUAUCACUGCAUCUUAUGUUCCGCUAGGAGGAAAGAAUAAGCCUUCGUUCGAACAAACUGCUGAGACUGGAAUGCUAUCGAAUGCUGGCGAAGAGGAAGAAGUGGUUGAGACACUAUUACCUAUGAAAGCCGCUAAAGAAGAGGUUUUAGUAGAUCCUGAAGAUGAAACUGAAUUUGAAGACAAUACUUAUGUCGGCGAAAGCAGAAGUGUCAUUACAAGGUAAGUACCGUUUGAAUAAAAAUUCAAUAAAACCUCCGAUGACGUCAACGGCAGCGGAAAGUUAUAAUUAAAAGUACGUUUGUGUAAAGGUACUAGCGAGACGUUGCUGAGUCGUUUAAGGCUUCGAUUUUCGAAACUUGUGAUAAAAGACGCCCUACCGAUAAACUCAUAAUCAGAAAUAACAAGCUUCAACAUUUUACCCAAAAAGAGAGAAAUGAACUAAGAUAUGCUACACUUGGUAAAAAAAAAAAAGAAAGUGGCAGUGAAACAUUCUUAUUCCGUGCGAGAUCACAUACCGUGACGUCUUGCUUUCCAUAGUUUUCCUUUUUCAUUCGGCUUCCACACCAGUGAUCGGGGAAAUCCGCGACCUUUACUCUCUGGAGAGCGGCGUUAUUUAAAAAAUAAUGUUAACUAUAUUAUUUAACAUCAACUCUUAGCUGCUUUUAUCCUCCAAAAUUAGGAUACCCUACCCUUAGCGUUGAGCAAAGAGACUAAACAAAGUCUGUCGUUGUCGGAUUUCAAACAAUAUUCUUUUGAAAAAACAGAACCCUUAGUAAAUUUUGACUGCGACGUUCAGUCGGAUGCUCGUCUACGAUGCAUAAUUAUGCUUACUGUUACGGUGAGCGAAACACUUUUCCAAGGGGUAUUCGAUGCAUGUGACUAGUCAGAUAAUUGUUUAAAAUAAAAAAUGAACCAUUGUGAAAAGAACGUAACUGUAAUCCUAAUGGGUCUCGCACGCGCUGGAAAUUCAAAACGCCGGGUAAAAUAUAGACUUUUUGCCUUUCACGCAAAACUGAUGUUGUAGAUGUAGAGUGCACACGAUCCACUCAACCCGUACAAAAAAUAAAAGACAUUAAAAACAUUAGGCCCCGCCCACAUGUAUCCAAGCCUGCGAGAGCAAACGCCUUUUUCGGUUCUUUGAAAAAGCAUCUUUUUUCGUGGAAUUAGUCUUCCGUCUACAGAUAUAAUUACGCAUAUGCAUGAGCAUUGGACACUCACUAAAAACCAACAUUAUAUUUAUAUUCUAGUACGACGAUUUUUUUUGUCUUGAAAUCGUCAUAAAGAAGAAGACUAGCAUUGACCCCUGCACUGCGUGGAAAAAAACCAUUAUUGUCCAGUCUCUGUCCCCAUCCGCCCAAAAAGCUUUACUUAUUGUAUUCUCCAUUUAUUGUAGAUUUUACUCGAACAUCGAACUAGUGAAAGUUGUGUUUUGAAAACAACCGACUAUUAAAAUUUUGACUCAUUGCAGAGAAAUAGUGACCAGUGAAGGUAUCUGCUGGGCCCUCAAACUAGGGGCUGUCCAUCUUAUAUUCCAUCCAAAUGCUAUGUCUGAGCCUACGUCAAUAGUGGUCUACAGAUGGAAAUCCAGUGUCUGCUCACCCCCACUACAGGAACACGAGGCCAUUGUCAGCAAUGUUAUAGAAAUAUCUUCCCACGAUGGCCAACGCCUGAAAUUCAGUGCCAUGGUGACUUUGUCGCUUUCUCACAGCGCACCGGACCUACGGGGCUACGAAGUGGUGAUAAAAAGGCAAAUCAACAAGGAGACCAAUGAAUGGGAAGACGUGAGUGGAACCAAGGACUUACGCUGUCGCCAAGGUAAUGUAGUAGACUUACAGCAACUAUAGAGAACCGUUUGGCAGACCCUGUUUCCCUAAGCGGGAGGCAGUGUACGUCAGCCGUAUUGCUGAAGGGUUUGUUUUGUUUUGCUUUUUUGAGAUAGUGUUCAUAUCAAGCGUUGCAGUUGCGAUUGCGCUCUCGAUCUGAAUCUUGUUUCCAGUCUUGAUUUCUAUAACGUCAGUCUUUUUUAGAUGGCAAAGGAAUUAAAAAAAGAGCAUAUGAACAUUUUACUUGUAUUUUUUGUCGGUAACAGACAUCGAAGAUGAGCGCCCUUCUCACAAGGAUGUACCAGACUUUUUACUCCCCGUUACUCAAGCUGACAUAAAUGAGUGCUCAACAUAUGCAGUGGUUUGCCGUCUCAAAUCUUCUCCGCCUUACACCAUCACAUCUACUGGCGGUUUAUUCAUUCAUCCUGAUUAUCCAGGCGUGACAGUUACCGUCCCCGAGAAUGCUGUUGCACCCGAGUCACCGUUUACCCUGGAGUUAAAGGUUGGUGUGAUUCAAAAGGUCCAUUUAUAAAGAAAGUAUUAUAGGCUUUUUAAAGUGAUACGUUUUUUAAAAAAUGACGAACUGAUAAUGACCAGUCUAGAGGGCUUGACUGAAAAAUCGUUUACUGAAUAUUUGUAGAGAUCUUUUUGCUACUUAAAUUACGUUAACUUUUUAUUUAACUUGUUGGGAAUCCACGUCAAUUUUAAAGCCUAAAGAAUACAUGAAAUUAACUGCUGAUGAUUACUCUUUUAAAUGGUACAGGUGCAAGAAGUUCCAAAUAAAGAAUUUGAAGAGGAAGGUGUAUUUUUUGGACCUAUUCUGCGAAUUAAAUGCUUUGGGCUUGCCCAGUUCCUUAGGCCUCUAACUAUUCAACUACCAGUUUCUCUUCGAGACCAACAAGACUUUAAACCAGAUCCCAUUGAAUACCGUGUGAGAGUGUUUUUCGUGAAUUGCGAGGAGGAAAAAAAGGAAUGGACUGAACUCACUGAUCUGGUAGAACCGACACAGUUUGAUGCACAGUUUGUAAGGAUCCAAGUCCAACGAUUUUCUAGGUAAAGAUACUUAAGAAAUCACUAGUAUUUACCAGAUAGAUGGCCAGUUGAGUCCCUUUUUAUCCAAAAUGUUGAUCUAACUUCAUUCAACGUUGUUGGAUGCAACAUUUUAGAGCCGUUUGCACACCAUGUUCAACAACGGUGCUGGGUGUUGCUGGAUCUUGUUUGAAGGUUCAAAUUUAGCAUUCAACAUCGUCAGAAAUUUCUUUUGUUCAGGUGUGCGAUGGCCUCAAUGUUGAAUGGGCGAACUCUCAAUUAAACUCGCCCCUUUUCCACGAAAAUCCCGCCUCCCACACUUUUUUCAUCCGUGACUCUCCCGAAUCCCGCUUUUUUUUUUUCGAAAAAAGUCCAAUUGCUGCCAAAGCGAAUAAAUGUAAGAUGUAGAUUGGCCCGUUCGAUUUAUGUUUUACCUCUUGACUUGUGCUUCAUAUUUCUUGUAAAUAAUCAGCUCAGAAUUCACUCUUUCUACGCAAGGCCCUAUUCAACGAAGUCGGAUGAUACGAAGCAGUGGCACUGCUUAACAACUUCUUUGAAUCCAGUUGGCGGGCCGGCCUAAACGCACCUUUAGGUUCUUAAAAUGCGUCCAAGUAAUUAACAAAAAUGUCAGUACUUCUUUCAAAGCAUACCUGAGUUAUUUAAACAAUACCUAUGCAAGGCAAUUUUAGCUACCAUCUACCUGUCAGGUGAUCAGCAAAAAACAUCAACUCAAAAAAUAGGAAAGAACGUUUUUCCUUUUCAAUCGACUGGAAACUUUUUCGUGGGCUCAGUGAUUUACGUAGAAUAAUCCAAGAUUUGAGCGAUGCCAUUUAAGACUCGUAACAAUCUAUCUACCCUGCUUUACAGUAAUUUUUCGAUUUUUUGGUGGUUCUAGAUAUUCGUUUGGCCUUGAGCGGCGUGAAGAAACCUUCAGAGCUGAUGGCGUGGGAUUCUUAAAUUUCCUCACCCGCUUCACUAGAACGCAGCCCCAAGCAGCAAGUUUCGUCGCUUACUUUCGUCCAGAUAUUCCAAACAUUUUGUUCCUUAUUUGUUGCCCUGCUCACCUCAAAGAAGAGGUGGUUCAGGAUCUUGAAAAAAGGGACGUAACGUUUGCUGAUGGCAAUUCGAUGGAAGAUAUGAUACCUGGAGAGGACAAAGCAUUUGUGUUUUUGUCAGGAGGAAUGCGCCCAUUUGAUGAGGAGGACCUGAAAAGAAUUUUUCUCAAGUAAGCUGAUUUAUUGCUUAUUCAAAAUAUUUUCCCGUUUCUGCUUGGCUCAAAUCCCAAGGCUUAUUCUUGAAAACCAACCAACGUUGACCAAAUUCGGAAGACGUUUACAAUAUCCAGAAAAUGACGUCAAUGCUGCAGCUUAAUGCCAAUAAAAUGGACUGCGGCCGAAAAGUCCGGAUAAGAGUUUGAGUUGUGUUGGUAGAUCAGUACAAAAUGGCGGAACAUACAUCACUGUGCCUGCUUUUUAAGAACAGACCGAUCUGAACAGUCAUCAUUAAUAGCUGAAUUCUCUCUGGUGACUGGACAGUUCUGUCUAAUGGUAAGCGAAAGAUUACGUCGGCACUAUAUCAUGCAUGUUUCUGUCUUACAUUUAAACAGGUUAUUAAAAGACGAUAUUAAGUUUAAGACUGAAUUGCGAGUUCGUCUCGUUGAUGACGAAGACCUUGCACAAGUGGAAUUUCGAAACACCUCGAUACACACGGACAGAACGCGUCUGUUGUGUAAGUUUCAUUUAACUUUGCCGUCCCGCAAAAUGUCCCGCGCGGUAAGUAUAACUUAUUAUUUUAAGCUUGAGCAUUUCAUCCGUUCAAACCUCCUGUUAAGUUGA